GCAUUGCGAGACGAAGUGCUUGGAAUAAGCGGUCGGGAGCAGACUUACUGAUCCCUGGCGUAGAGUAGUGACAACACCGGCUGUGUGAGAGGAGUCGGCGGUUUUUUCCGCAGCGGCAAGACUGAGUUCGGCAGCGACCGGACCGUCUCGAAGGCCGGACCCGGCAUGUCCCGAGUGUCGCGGUGCCGACAGUGAGGUGCGCGGCGAGCGGGAUGGGUCGGCGGCGGGUGCCGGAGCUGUACCGGGCCCCGUUCCCGUUGUACGCGCUUCAGGUCGACGCCAGCUCGGGGCUGCUCAUCGCUGCGGGCGGAGGAGGCGCCGCCAAGACCGGCAUAAAGAAUGGCGUGCACUUUUUGCAGCUCGAGCGGAUUAAUGGGUGUCUGAGCGCCUCCUUGCUACACUCCCAUGACACAGAGACUCGGGCCACCAUGAACUUGGCACUGGCUGGUAAUAUCCUUGCCGCAGGGCAGGAUGCCCACUGUCAGCUCCUGCGUUUCCAGACAAAGCAGCAGAAGGGAAAAAAUAAGCCAGAGAAGGCAGGUUCUAAGGAUCAGGCGCCUCGACAAAGGAAGGGAACCACCCCAGCAGAGAAGAAAUCUGGAGCUGAAACCCACCAGGAAGGGGUUGAACUCAGUGUCCAGAAUUUGCAGGCGGUGCAGACAGACUUCAGCUCAGAUCCCCUGCAGAAAGUGGUGUGCUUCAACCAUGAUAAUACCCUACUUGCCACUGGAGGGACAGACGGCUGCGUUCGCAUCUGGAAGGUACCCAGCCUGGAGAAAGUGCUGGAGUUCAAAGCCCAUGAAGGGGAGAUUCAGGACCUGGCUUUUGGGCCUGAUGGCAAGUUGGUAACUGUGGGCUGGGACCUCAAGGCCUCCGUGUGGCAGAAGGAUCAGCUGGUGACACAGCUGAACUGGCAAGAGAACGGACCCAUCUUUUCUAACACGCCUUACCGCUACCAGGCCUGCAGGUUUGGGCAGGUUCCAGAUCAGCCUGCUGGGCUUCGGCUCUUCACAGUGCAGAUUCCUCACAAGCGUCUGCGCCACCCCCCACCCUGCUACCUCACAGCCUGGGAUGGCUCCACCUUCUUGCCCCUUCGGACCAAGCCCUGUGGCCAGGAAGUCGUCUCCUGCCUUAGUGUCAGUGAAUCGGGGACCUUCCUAGGUCUGGGCACAGUCACUGGCUCUGUUGCCAUCUACAUAGCUUUCUCCCUCCAGCGCCUCUACUACGUCAGGGAGGCCCAUGGCAUCGUGGUGACAAACGUGGCCUUUCUACCUGAGAAAAAGGGUCGUGGUCCAGAGCUCCUUGGCUCCCAUGAAACUGCCUUGUUUUCUGUGGCUGUGGAUAGUCGUUGCCAACUGCACCUGCUUCCCUCACGGCGGAGUGUUCCUGUGUGGCUGCUGCUGCUGCUCUGUGUUGGGCUGAUUGUCAUGACCAUCCUGCUGCUCCAGAGUGCCUUGCCAGGCUUCCUUUAGCCUCCCAGUUCCCGAAGUCCUACACCAGAGAGGAGGCUGGACCCCUUUACUCCCCUGGCUCCACAGCUGAAGUUGCCUCGGCUGGGGCUUGGUUGUGGCCCUGUGCAAUGCUGAAUUAUGGGAACCCGGCAUUCAUCAUCUGUGGAUCCACCCAGGAGUGGAGUCUAAAGCCUGGGCCACACCACCUGCCUCCCUCUCCCUGCUAGAGACUCCAGACCUGAGAUGAUCCUUUGUCCAGGAAUAUGUGAAGAUGUCCAGGAACCCAGCAACUGCUGUCCUGCAGUUUCUCCCCCUGUAAGCUUGUGGCCGUUGCUCUCCACGUGAGGCCCUGCCAUUUGCUGGAGCAGGCACGGGGCAAAAGAAAGCCCCAGGUAGUCAUCUGUGGAUUCAGCUGGCCCCACACCAGCCCGGCCAGGUAUGCCAUUAGUUCCUGGAUGGUCUGCCCUGGCCUUGAGGAAAGGCACAAUGAACCCUCAGCCCAUUUGGCACGAAAAGUUGGUAUUUAAUAAAGCGGGAAGACUGAACCA